UUCUAGUUGUAAGCAACCCGUUUCCCAGAAUCCUAUCAUUCUUCCCUUUUUCUACAAAGCGUCAUACUGAACGUACGUGUGGACGGACCACCUUUCACCUUGCUAAAUUAUAUUUAAGUAUUUCUAAAUAAACAGUAAAUAAAGCAUUAAACUUCCAAAUAUAUUAGAAUAUUCGGAUAUCCACGUUUGUAUGUACAGGAAUGCGAUAAUCACAAUAUAUAAAUACCCUGUUAUUUAUAAUAAAUGUAAUUUAAUUCCGUUAUCCUACAAACAUGGAAAAGUACAAAUUGAAAGAAAUAUAGCAAAAUGUGAAAAUUAAUUUUUAAGAGUAUCUAAGUGUAAAAAUAAUGUAGGAAUAAAUAUUUGUAAACAAGAUAAUUGUGUCAUCCUUAUUUAGGACAAAGCUUAUUGUAAUACGAGUAUUGUAUAUUUGCCAGUAUUAAUAUUAGAUCACGGAAAUAUUAUAAUAUAAUAACGGAAACCAUGUGUACAUAUGUACAUAUAUGGAACGGCCAAAAUAUUACAGACACAAAAUUAAUUCAGUUUAUUACUCGUAUGAGCACUAUUUGAGAUAAUAAGACAUAUUUUAACCAUGAUCAAGAAAUAAAAAAUAUAAUACAUGGUCAUCAAAAUGAACAAAUCAAAAUUAUGAAAAUAUUAGAAUCAAAAUAGAAAUAUAUAUUUUCAAAUAUAAAAGAAUUGUACAAAUACCUAAAUCCUGUUCAGGAACGCCCUUUACAAUUUUUGAGCUAUGCUAUUCUUUUAUUCAAAAUAUUAGGAUUAUUUUAUGGCAUGUAAAUGUUACCAGAUUAAACAAGAAGUCAAAUAACGCCGAGCUUUCGAGCAGGUAUAUGAAAUGAGUACAGCGACUCCAAACACAGCGUCUUUGAAAUGAGGACAUCUCAUUUGAACAGAGGGAAGAGUAAAGAAAGAUAACAUUCCUUAUCAUACUCCCGAGCCCAAAUAUAUCAACAAAUCCUUAUCAGCUGUAAACAUAAAAAUAUGUAUCAUGACAUAUACACAUAAUAAUGUAAUGUAUUUAUCAGUAACUGAAUAGAACUUAUCCAAAUAACUUAUAUUUAUCAGCUUAAAAUAAGAACACAACAGAACAACAUGAAUGUUCUGUCGAUAGUAAAAAUAGUUGUAAGCAAACCUAAUGCCCUUUAGUCUUAGUAUUGCCAUCAAACGUGAAAGUGAAGAUAUUAAAAUCAACAAAUAAUAAAAUAAUAAACACAUUAUUAUUAUUAUUUAACUCGCGCGUUCUGACUGACCAGCCGCUCCAGUCGGUGCGUGCACGCUCCAAAGUACAGUCGCGGCGUAAAAAGUCAGUCCUAUUACUUUCCGGACAAACCCUGUAUAAAUGUUUAAAGCCCAUAUUGGUAACACUAUUUUGAAAUGAUACAUAGCAGAAAAAAUUAUGCCAACCGGUUAUUGUUUCGGUUUUUUUUGGUAUUGUCCUUGAAGAAUUGUCUGUAAGUGAGUUGUUGGGAGCCAAAGUGACUCAACGGUAUGACGAUCGCUGGUGUAGAAAAAUGAUUUAGCUUCAUUAUAGCGUGAGCCGCAGAGCGAAUAAGUUCUGUUUUCUUUAAAUAGUUGUGUUGUGACAAGUGUACUUUUAUACCAAAUAUUCGUACAUAUAUAAAAAAUAUAGAAAAUGCCAAAACGCUGCGCUUACAACCAUAUAGAGCAGAUGGAAGAACGAGAAAUUGUGGGCAUUUUGGAAACGUUUUUGAAAAACCAUAACCAAUUGGUACAAUUGUUCAAGACCCUUUUUAACAGACUGCAAAACGACAACUACUGUACGUCAUUGUCAUUAAAGCAGACAAAGUGUCCUAUGAAGAGCACGCAGGCACAACUGUUAAUGAUGUUGCAGUUGUUAUGGCUGAUGACCCAUGUGAACGUCGAGACAUACGCAUACAACACGGAGAUAAUACGAUGCAAAUAAUUCAAGAAAAUAAUAGUUCUUACGAUGCUUUGCAGUAUCCGUUGAUAUUGGAUGGAUAUCAUUUAAAUAUUAAAGAAAGGAAUCUAACUACAGGAGAAGAACUGAUGAAGGCAGUUAGUGCUAUGAACUUUUACUCAUAUCGGUUGAUGAUUCGUGCUAAUGAAGACUACAACAUUCUACUACAUACAACUAUUUCAUCAGUAAAUUGUGGAUAUGUACGUAAAAGUUGAAAGUGAGGGAUUACGAUAUAUAUAAUUUAAUCGAAUACUGAGGAGUACAUUAAUUUACGAGAUGCCACAAUCGGUAACGUAGAUGCAACAAAUGACAUCAACAACAUCGGUACUGCACAUAUCUUCUCAUCAUGCAAGAAUACAUUCAAAUCAAAAUUGAAAUCUUUGAUAAAUUUAAUUACACAUCACUCGGUGUUUGGUGAAACACGAUGUUGGCUUUACUCUGUUGAAUGGCAAAAACGCAAAUUUGAUUUGGUUGGUGGAUAAACUAAGCUCAGAAGAAAUUGACAAUAUAAUUUCAGCGAAUAUUCCAGAUCCGAAUGUUAAUUAAGAAUUGUUUGACAUUGUUACUACUAAUAUGAUCCAUGGUCCAUGCGGUAAUCUAAAUACAUUAUGAUGUUAACAUGUAUGGGCAAUGUAAAAUAUUCAAAACGUGUUCCAUAACCAUAUCAAUUUGUGGCUUGGAUUUACAAAAUCCGUGUUUCUCUCACGAAUUAUAUGCUGCAUGUUACAGAGUUGGAAAACUAUCGAAUUUGUUUGUUUAUGUCAUUACGAUAAACUUUUUUUUUGUAAAUUACAAAAAAAUAUUUUUUGCUAUAAAAUAAAAUAGUUUGAGUCUAAGUUUUUUCACCUUUAAUUAAAACUACUUAAAAUUUUCACCAAACACAGCAUCUAAAUUUCAUUUCACUCAUACAGUAUACACAUACUCACACGCUAUGGAUUGGUUGAAUUGUGAUAAAUGUACCUGUGAUGAUAUUGUAAUAAUUUUUUAAUAAUAAUUUUCAUCAAAACGGUCCAGAUUGUUGCAGCUUAUGGAAACAAAUUUUCGGAUUAAAGACGUGUACUCGUAUCCAGGACAUCAUCUUUCGGAUCCGCUAGUACUCUAUAUAACUCAUACAAUGGCCGACAAAUUCGGCAUAAAAUUUGUUAGAAAGCGAAAAUACCUCACAUACAAUCACCAAUCAUAUGGAGCAAAGUCAGCCGGAUGUUCGAAAAUUUUGGUAAUGGUUAUAAGGGGGCUGGGUCAAGUUUUCGAUCAAAUUUAUUCAUUUUAGGCACAAAGAUAAACUGCCAUGAUUAGAAUACGCUCUACCAAUUUCAUCGAGAUAAUAUUGGUUGAUAUAUCCAGCAUAAAGACACCUGGAAGUUCGAAAAUCUUUAUAUUGGGUAGGGUAGAAGGGGGAGCAUUCGCCAGUGGGGCACAUAUGCCACCACCAAUUAUCUUCAAAAUUAAAUAAGCUAUUGAUAAUCGAAAAACGAUAUUUUGUGCAUUUAUCGAUGAUCUUCCACCUCUCACUCUUUGGUAGUUUCAUUAUAUAUGUGCUCGAGGACGGACGAGGUUUUAUGUUUUACGGACUACCGCGAAAAUAUUUGGUUGUAAGUAUUUUGUGUAAUAACUUUUUCAGUUUUUGUGAUUUAAAAAAGAUAUUUCACAGAUGUGUGCUAUUGAAAUUAGUGACAAAAUCUUGCCAGUGCUUGUUUUAGUUAAUUUAAUAAAAGUGCCAAAACUGUUUAAAUUAGUUCAAGAGGUUCCUCCUGGGGCUCAUUCGCCAGGCUGUUGGUGGGGUGGUUUCGCCGGCGAUUCUGCCCCAUGGGUAUGAUUCGCCACUGCCAAAUGUACCCCAUGGGGUGAAUUCACCACAGGCCAAUGACCUCCAAGCUAUAGAUUCGCCACUAGCGUAAUUAGGGAUUUGCUUUUAAUGUCUAAUCUUGAAGUGCUUCUAGUACCAUGAACUCAGGACAAAUUUCGAAAAUAUUUAUUUAUACCUGUACGUACAAAGAUCAUUUAGCGAUGGUUCGAAACUACAAAAGAAAAACUAACCGAUGUAACUUAGAUGAGACGAAGAUGAAACUUGCAAUAAAAGAUGUCAUCUCAAAAAAAUAUAACACAAGUCAAGCUGCUGACUUUUAUGAUUUAAAACGAACUACUUUGCGAGAUCGUAUAAAAAAAUUAAGAAAAGUAAAUUGGAGGCAUUAGAUGACUCCGGCCAGUCAUCUGAAGGUGAAUAUAUGUAUUCAUCGAAAUAUACCUCAAAUCAAGUUUUCACAAAACAUCAAGAAAAAGAGAUAUGCAAGUAUUUUAAAGCAUGCUCUAACCUACAGCACGGCUUCACCUAUACAAUGGCACGGAAGUUUGUAUUUGAAUAUGCCACAAUAAAUGAUAUUGCCAUUCCUUUAUCAUGGGUGGAUAAUCAAAAAGCUGGAAUUGACUGGAUUCAAGCGUUUAUGAAACGAAAUCAAGACUUGAGUUUGCGAAAACCGGAAAAUACAAUUAAGAAAACCGCAGUAAUGGAGUUUUUCGAUAAUAUGCAGCAUUUGCUCAAAAAAAAUUCAUUUUCUCCGUGUGAUAUUUAUAAUUUAGACGAAACGGGUAUUACUACUGUGUUGCAAUCACCCAAGGUUAUUUCUACAAAAGGAAGACGAACAGUUUCUCAAGUGGCGUCUGCAGAAAGAGGAUCGCUUGUGACAAUGGUAGACAUUGUAAAUGCUUCUGGUAACGCUCUGCCACCUGUCUAUGUGUUCCCUCGUAUAAAGUAUAAAUAACAUUUCGUGAAUGGGGGUCCCAACGGUUGUCUGGGGAUAACAGAUAAGAGCGGAUGGAUGACAGCUCAAGGCUUUAUAGAAGUCCUAAAGCACAUCAAAAAUAACACUCGGUGUUCCAAGGAGAAACCAAUAAUCCUUUUCCUAGACAAUCACGUCUCCCACUGCAGUCUAACAGCAAUCAUAUUUUGCAGAGAAAAUGGUAUUCAUAUGAUUACUUUUCCGCCACAUACGUCACAUAAGCUCCAACCAUUGGAUGUAUCUGUAUUUGGUCCGUUUAAAAAGUACUUAGCGACUUCGUUCAAUGAUUUCCUUGUUUCCAACCCUGGUAGAAUAAUUACAAUUUACGAUGUACCAUCGCUAACUAAUAUCCCAUUUCGGAAGGCAUUUGCUGCUGAAAACAUUUGCAAAGGAUUUGAAAUGACAGGUAUCAGCCCAUUUAACAGACAAAUAUUUCCUGAAACAGACUUCAUAAACGAACCAAAUGAAGAACAUCCAACCGCUGACAAUGAUAAUGAACCUAUACUUCAACAAGAUGCGAUUUCAAAUGAACCUGAUGUCCUGUUUGAGCCUCCAGUGACACCACCACCUCUUCCUAAAACUCCGGAGCAAGUUCGUCCACUCCCUAGAAUUCAACAAUCUAAAUCUAACAAAAGAAAGGGAAAAUCCACAAUCUUGACAUCUACUCCAUUAAAAGAAGAAAAGGAACGAACACAGCAGCAAAAGAAACAAGCACCCACAGCUCAAAUCUUUUAUAAAAAGCUCAUUGAAAGCACAAAAAUAGACGCAACGUGGGAUUUAAUACGGUGGAAAGUGCGGCACCUGAAGGCUUCAUACAAAAAACCAAGCGAUUGGCGAAUGUCAACAGGAGCAGGCCCUCUUGAGUCUGAUGACGGGACGUCGAGUGUUGAAGGCAAAGUGUUGCAGAUGUGCCCACACUUUAAUCAGCUUAAACAUAUUUUUGGGAAAAAAGCCACAAGUGAAUUACCAUUUGAAGUGGUUGAUAGUGGCAGUACGUCCAUAAUGAAUGAAAGCGCGGCCAGCCAAACACUGAAAUCACUUUUCCUGAUGUCGGCGAAGAAAUUGCGUCUCCAAUUGACAUUGCCAAUAUUGAAAAUCUACCACCAGGCAAUGUAAGUGAAGUGACUGUUUCUGAAAAAGCAAAAGAUUUCGCGGAAAAAAAUGAAAAAACAUGUCCCAAAAUCAUCUGCUGCAAAUCUUGUUGCUUUUCAAGUCGAGCAUAGGCAAAUGUUUAAAAUGAAAAUGGAAUGGGAAAAAAGAAACAUGAAAAAUAUCACGCUUUGAAUGAAAGAAGAUUGCAAGCAAAAAUUGAAAGAGGUAAAGCUGAAAAAAUAUUCAAGAACCGUGGAUUGGACUUAAAAAUUGGAAAGGAAUGAACGAUUGAAAAAACUUCAAAUUGAAAAGGAGGAACGCUCGCAAAGGUUCGAAAUUGAAAUGAAAUAUAAGUAUUCCCCUCACCAGUAAUUUUUCUGUACUUUAUUUAUCUCUAUUUAUUUAUUUCUGUACUUUAUUUAUCUUUGUAUUUUAAAAUAUGUAGUUCCAAUUACUGUUGAGAUGAAUACUUAUUUAAUACGGUUUUUGAUGUUUUACUAUCUUCUAUAAUUCAAAGCGUUAUCUUUUUCGUGUUUGUCUUGUACUAAAUACUUAAAU